AUGAACGAGUCGGAGAUCGAAGCGGCCAUGGCGGCGAUGGAGGCCGAAGACGCCCAACUGCAGCCGGACUGGCUCUACCUGUCGUUGGCCGUCGUGCCUCUCGUCUGCAUCCUCGGCAACUGCAUGGUCGUCGCCGCCGUCUGGACCACCCGAAGCCUUCAAACUCCCACCAAUCACUUACUGGUUCGCUUUCUCACUUUGUAAAAGAAUUAUUGUAAGCUUCAGGCUAUUAUCAGGGUGGCCGGUUGAAAAUGAGCAGUUGUAUUAGAAUCCAUAUCACUAUAAAAAAACAAGAAUAAAAUAUAUGAAUCCGAGAAGUAUUUUAAAUCGGAAAUAUGGUUUAUCCCUGGCGUUCAUGCCAAGAAAGGGUGUCUUUCUCAAUAACAUCUCGUAAAUAAAGAUUGAGAUAUGAUUAAUCUAAACAUGAACAAAAAAAAUAUAUAAAGCUUAUUUCAACCUUCUGAUUAACAUAAUAUUGUUCCAACAGUUUUUGGAAGCUUGCCAAAUUUAUUUGUAUUCCAGUCGAAAACAGUUAAAACAAAGUUUUACAGCAAAACAGUCCCGAUCAUUAUAAGAAACCAAUUCUAAGUCAUUUUUUUCGAAAAUUCAUAAAUUACAAGGCAAAAAAAUCCAAAAAAAUACAAACCUACUGUAUUUAAUAAUAUUUCAGAAAUGUUACCAAAUCAAAUACACAAAAAAAUGCGUCAUUUUGAAAUCAGUAUUAUAGUGAAAUCAUAACACAAAUUCAAUUUUUGGAGUCUAACUAAUUUAUAAGUACGAAAAACCCUAGUUGCGACUGAAAAGGAGCUUUCUUGAGCGCUAAGUAAAAAAAAACAAUAUUGAAAAAACCAAGGUGCAGGAAAAAGGGAAAGAGAUCACUAAAAAGGCGCCGGAAAACUUGCGAGGCCUUUUAAGUGAUACCUUGGAGCGACUGCAAUUGCCGCAUAACAGUUGUGCAAUGGUGCACGUUUUCGAAAUGUUUUUCCUCUCCUAAGCAAGAUGAAAAUCUUGACGUGAGCUGAGGACUUUGGAAAAACAGAAAUUCAAAAAAAAGAAAACUUUUAAAAACGAGACAAAGCUCAAAAAAAGAUGAAAAAAUUUGAAAUUAUACAAGAAACACCAGUAUGUCCAUCUUCUAGUUUUUGGUCGUUUUCAUUGAGAUUCCAGGAAUCGCGAGGCUAGAGAUUUCCGUUCCCAAGGGUUUUUCUGGGAUUGGGGUAAGAUUGUGAUAAUAAUCAGCAGAAAAGCUUCCUUAUGACUUUGUUUAGCUGAUGAUUAGUGUAAAGUUUCUUUUUUUUCGAAUCAAGUGAUUGUCGUGUUUAUAUAGUAUUUUCGAGGGUAAAAAUUGAAAAAAAAAAACUAACAAAGGCUUAUAGAAAGGUCACAAAAAAGUCUUUUUUAGAAACUAAACGAUUCAUAAAAUCGACUUUUAAAACUCUGAAGAAGUUUUCCAGGUAUCCCUCGCCAUGGCGGACCUCAUUGUAGGAGCGUUCGUCAUGCCUUUCAGUAUUUAUUUAUCGGUGAGAUUCUUCCAAAUAACAUGACAUUCGAAAAUGAAAUUGAAACUUUUCCAGAUAAACGGUCUUCACUGGCAUCUUCCGCUUUUCGUGUGUCAUUUCUACUGCGUACUUGACGUCGCGGCUAGCACCUCGUCAAUUAUCCAUCUUGUGCUGAUCAGUAUCGACAGGUAUUUCGUUGACAUUUUUGAGCCAAUCCAAGGCCAAAAAAUAGAAAACGGGGUGAAAAGCAGUCUGUAAAGGCGACCUAUACGUUGAAGCACAUAACGAAGCGUAAGUCGUUUUGGGUCGGUUGAAUUCUACUAAUUUCGGUUCUUCUUUCUCAGAACCCGCUUCAUAUUUUUUGAUAUUGCAAAUGACAUUUAAUAGAAUCUUGCACCCGACCAAAACCGGCUUGGAAACACCAAAAAGUAGGAAAGCGAGUAAAAUUGAUUCUUUGAAUUUCAUUUUGAUCCGAUUUCUUUGGCCGUGAGACAUCCAGAGCGAAUCGAGUGCACUAUAAGUUGCAGCGCUCCAUUUUUUUUCUCACGUUCUUGGAACAGAAACGGCUAAAACUACAUUCUGGACAUUAUUUCAGGCUCGUCGCGGCUACAAAACCGGCCGAGUACAAAACGAUGAAGCACAAAAAGCGAGUCUACAUCGCCAUAGCAAUUACUUGGAUUUUCAGCAUUGUUCUCUCCUUGCCUCUAGGUACCCUAAGAACAAAGAUCACAGUGAAAAAGGAAUAAAAUUUCCAGGAACCGGAUUCAACACAAGGACACGGCAUUUUCUUCUGAUUGAACAUCACUGCGGAAUUUACAACCCGAUUUAUAUGCUCGGCAGCAGCAUUUUCGCCUUUUAUUUGCCUUGCGUGAUUAUGCUCAUCACCUACGGCUACAUUUUCUAUACGUUGCGCAAGCGACUCAGGGCUAUUCAGCUCCAGGUUUUCUCAUUUCCCUUAAUUCUUCCCAUUUGUGAGAAAAAAAUUUAUGCCUUUUUCUCAAAGAACACAUUUCUCACAGAACCUUUUGCAAAUGAAAAUUGGACUAUUGGAAUAGAAAAUCUUACGGUGGUGGGAAAUUACUUUUUUGCUGGAUAGGGAAAACCAGUUUUUAAAUUUCAAUUUUGACAGUUGGUUUGCAAUACCAGAAAUAUGAGAGAUUCAUGCUUCAAAUAUUUUUAAAGGGAGCUUUUCGGUUGGAUAAGGGUGUGAAAACUUGAUUUUUUUAAGAAAGGAAAAAACAGAAAAAUUAUCUAGCUCGAGCAAUUGAAAUGUUUGCAGGAAAUGGCUGGAGGGCAGUUCCUCGGAUUCGGCGCCGACGUCGGAAACAUCACUACUUCCGCCAUCCAGUCCGUCAUUGGUAGCCUGGAUUUCUUCGGAAAACACUAAUUUUCAAAUCUUCUGCAGGAAUCGCCCCGAAAAACAGGAACAUGAUCACGUGGGAGAAACCGUUGCUCAAAAAGAUCGAGGAAACUGCUGCUGAACAUGCAAGUUCUCUGAACGACAGCGAGAGAGAACAGGUUAGUCCGAAAAAAACCCGUUUUGGUUUUAGAAAAAGACCAAAUAGUAUUGUAAAGAAAUUUUCAGUUUAAAAAAAUGGUUUUUUUCACAUUUUUUUCUCUUCAAUUUUGUGGAAAAAUGUUUUCACCGCAGCUGUUUCAUUUUUUUCUUUGAUUUGAAGCCUUUUUUUCUACUCAGACAAAAAAAUCGGAAUCCUUGACAUCUCCUCUGAAAGAACGAUAAUAGUUUUGAAUACUUCGAGCUCUGAGAAUUUCAAACUAACCAGUUUUAGAAAUUUCUGGCACUUUUCAAACCAAAACCAAUUUUCUCAAUUUCUAUCUGAAUUUCACUUCCUCUAGAAUCAUUUUGCAAGAAGUCUAGAUUUUCAUUUUUGACGCAAAAAAACAUGUUUCUUCCUCAGUUCCAGCUCUUCUCCAAUGAGCAGCAGACCUCUGAAGAUGAAAAACCAACCACUGUUCUUUGAUGACACGCGAAUCUAAUUUACCAAACUAAAGCCCCUCCAGCUAUUAUUAGGAAGCCUCCGUUCAAUUACACUCAAAUUCAUAAAAAUGAUCGAGGGAAGAAAAGAGCGUUCGACUCCGUGUGGUUAAGCCCCGCGGCUUUACCGCACUUUUUUUUCCUUUUCCUGAGGCUAUCGCGCAUGAAUACCCUAAUUAGGCAAGCUCAAUACGAAAUGAAAUGGGCGUCCUGUGGAAUUUCAUACGUGCGAGAUUUCCGCAUACAUUUUCGAUGAAUUUGCGCAAACGCCCUUUUACUCGCAUAUUCAUCGCCGAUUGGAGAAAGUGUUGCAACAUGAGGCUUCUUCUCAUUUCUGGGGGACUUUUGAUUGAUAUUAAAAAAUUAAAUUCCGACAACAUAUCAAUUACAUCUUCAAUGAUUUAAAACUUGCCUAAAGCUAUAAAGACAAACUUUGAAUGCAGGAAAUAAGCAGAAAAUGUGUAUAAAAUUUUCGGCUUCUUUGGGUUUAUUUUUGCUCAAGGAAGCGACGAAUAAACCAUUGAGUUUUCAAUGGUGGUUAUAGCAAAAUAAUGAGAAAUUUGCCGUGGAAUUAUUAUGACUGGCUUUUGGUAUAGCCUGUGUACCACGACUUGGAAUUUUACCAAACGACAUUCCGCUGUGCCGCUGCGCGCCUUUGCGAACCUUGGUCGCGUUUUUUUUUAUUAGGGUACUGUACUUUUAUGUGCCACAGCAAUAAAAAUCAAUUGAAAGCAUGAACUAGAUUCGAAAGACGCUUCGCGAACGCACGCAGCGUUCCGUGAACUUUCCAGUCGUGGCAAACAGACUAUAAUAGGAAUUUAACUAUUCUUUCCGACAAGGAACAUUUUUGGAAGCUGAUUCAAAUUUAACGAGUUAUGAAUAUUUUAGGCUCUUUCUCAAAUUCCUGUCUAGUCCAAGUAUUAGGAAGCAGUCUUUUCAAGAAUUUUCUUUGUCAGACUUUUUACUCGUAUAGUGAAUACGACACCUUUCGAAAUAGCUUGCAAAACAGCCGCAUUUAACUAAUGAGCUACGGUUCCAGUUGCAAACAAUCCUUGAAGCGGUUCAUCCAUCAUCUUCGGGAAGCCAGGAGAAUACUACCAUCGAGGUUUUCAAAAAAAACUUGAAAAGGUUAGGGUUUGAAAAGUUUAGGAAGACCCUGAUCGACCGCCGUCUGUGUUACUGGAAGCUGUAACUUUGAGAUGUGAAAUCGACACGAGUGGUCCUGUUUUGGAGCUUCCAAGGCCGACGUAUACUAAGAAGUAUGAAUUGUGAUCAUCUAAAAAAAAGUUCUGCAAAACCACAAAACUUACAGAAUUAUCAUUUUAAAGCAACUUUUACAGUUUCAUGCCUCAUUUAAGGCUGGCUUGAGCCAUCGAAAAAAAAAGGGUCCUGAAACGAUCAUUGUUUCUGAAAAGACAAGGCCUGAUGGAUGAAGAGGGCAUACAGACCGGUCCUUUUUGUCCCCAGCUAGUCGUGAAUCGACUACAAAGUUUUUCGGAAUUUUGAAAGAAGGGAAAAGUCACAAAUUUAAAGUAAUGCUUUCAAAGUUCAGAAAAAAUCAGAUUCAGGUCAAAACAUUUAAAACCUCCAUGGAUAAUUCAGCAUGUCGCGGAGGUUCUCGGACGCCGUACACUCAAUUUCGCAGAGAGGCCGCAAGAAGUCCGUAUCAUUCGGAGUGGCCUCUCGAAAAAGACGCCAUUCCCAUCAACCAGACAGAACUAACGAACCUGUGGUGUCUGAAGAAAGCAAGAAACUUCAUUCACUAAAGCCACCGUUGGUAAGAAAUUGCAUGGAUUUUUGAAUAACCAACAUGUUCAUAUUUUCCUGAGAAUUAAAAUUAAAGUACAAAAUUACAAAAAUCGAGUUAUUUUCCAACAAACCACCUUUUUGUUUAACUUUCCUAUUUUCCCAAAUACGUCCAUUGUGGGAUAUAUUUUGCUGUGAAAAUUAGAUGGUUAAUAAGUUGGGUUUGCCUUGGCACAACUUAGUCAAAUCGUCUUUUUCAUGUGCACACACUCACCAUUUCUGUUAUUCAGUUUUGGUGCUUUCCCGUUUCAGCAGAUGUUCAGUUUUAAAGAGGAAUCUUUUUUUAGAAAUCUUCGCAUUCCCUUCCUCUCACCACGUCUUAUGAAUCAAGUCAUCAAAAUGGUCGUUGUGUGAGUGAAAAUCACACCUGCAUGGUUGGAAUGGAUUUUUCUUUUUCUUUUUUCAUUCUUGUUUUUUGUGUGGUUUGCACCAGCUUCACGGAAAGAACCUCUAACUUACUGUGUCGAUUUUAUUAUGAACGUAAGCCAUAUUCUGUGGCUUUUUACGCCGAUUUCAAAGUUUCGCCUAGAAAAACCGAAUUUUUUAAAAAAAUGCUUGUCGAGCUCAAAGUUGAGGAAGAUUUCUGGUCCAAGAAAACUUUUUUUUGUGUUUUAUUAGAUAAGUUUGAAGUCGAGCUAUGAUUUGUCAGCUUUUUGCUCAGAAUUGGCUUUCAAUGAACUUUCACAAAAAUUCUCGGCACUCAUUGCACCGAGAUUUGAAACCCUUCGCUUAAGACAGUUCGAAUGCUUCGCGCAAACCGCUUUUGGUCUGCCGCUUCAUUAAGUACCUCUGGUACAGUAAUCAAGUUUUGAAAUAUCUUAAGGCUGUAUUUUUGUCCAAUUGAACUUAGUGAAGUUUUUGAAAAGCAUGUUUUUUUUUAAAUUGGUUGAUCCUGAAUGAAAACUAGAUUGCAUGGUAGUUGCUUUUUUUGCUAUUAAAAAGUUAUUUUUCUAGCUUUUUCUAAACGCCAUGGUCGCACGGAGAAUGGUUUUCGAUAAAAUUUAUUCCACGCAUAUAUAAUUUAAUUCUGGGUUGAGCCCAUUUUCAUUGAGGCUAUUGAUGCGUAGUUCGCAAGAGUCGUAUUCAAAAUACUUAUCAGUAAAGCCAUUCCAAGUGCGGCCUCGCCAAUCGAGUAAAAAACAUUUUACGCUUCUCAACUAACAGUUAUUUUGGCCUCGCUUCGCUUAAUGAUAUUUCCACUGUGGUAAAACUGUCAAGGGCUGAUUGUGUGGGCAAAGAUUUGUUUUGAAAAGGCUAAUAGAGUAUUCAGGUGGAAAAGAGGAAGAUGAGAAGGUUGUCGGAGAUGAUUUCCGAUUGGGAAAGACCUUCGCGCAGUUCUAUCAGCAAUAUGUAUUUGUAUGCUAGAAGGGAAAGUGUCUACAUUGCCAGGAAGAAGUUGGCCGGAUUGAAGGUUUGUAAAUCCACUUUAUCUGGAAAAUAAGAUUUUUCAGGACUGGGCUUUGGAUUUGUUGGCCAAAUUGAAAUCAAAACAGGGAAUGGCCAUCCGACGUGAAACUCGCGCUACGAAGCUUGUGGCGACCGUUAUGCGUAUGAAGUCAACCUUUUGAAGUCAUCAAAAAAACAUUUCCAGUGGUUUUCCUGGCCUGCUGGCUUCCCUUCUUCACUCUCAACAUGAUCAAGAUCUACAAGCUGAUUUUCAACGUUUGGUCUUCCGACUUGGAGAUCUGGUUCCAUUGGUUCACAGCUCUGGGAUACCUUAAUUCUUCACUUAACUUCUUCAUCUACUCGACUAUCAACCCGGUAGGCGUAAAAUCGAAGACAAAGCGGGGCUUGGAAUGGGUAGCAUCACGGUCACGUUUAGUAGAAAAACAGUUUCUGGAAGACUAGGAACUUUGCAGCUUCUCCGUACUUAUUCCUUAUGCCACCUCCCCUUGAAAGAAAAUUCACAACGUUUUCUUUUCGAGACAUUCCAAAUGCGACCAAGUGUUUGGCCGCCAUUGGAAUGGCGCAAAGCGUCGCCGUGGCAUCGCAAACUUUGUGAAUGAAAAUUCAACAGUCUUCUUGAACAAUAUCGGUGCCGGCGCGUCUGAAGAAGUUUAGAUAUAGCAAAUAGCCAUUCCAAAUGCGGUCAAUGUUUCCUUACAGAGAGGGUUUUCAGAAAUUCCGACACUCCUUCCGACGACUUCUUGGUUUCAGACGGUCUUCCAGGAAACCUAGAGAAAAGUCCUGGAUGUUGCCUCCCAAAGACAGCAGCCGGUAAAAUUCUGAUUAUCCAUUGAUUUUCUAAACUUUCUUCACAGAGGACCUGCCAAAUGUGGAUGCGGAUUCCAUAAAAUCGUCAAGAGCCCUCUUAAAAAAACGAGCUCUGCUGGGUAAUUUUAAUCAUUUGAUUUUUGGUUUUUUUAUCUCGCAAAACUUCGAAAUUGAAAGAAAAGCAUUAUAGCUCUGAGACGUCAAGUGUUGCACUCCCUUUUAAGUCCUCUCGCAGGUUCGAAAUCAUAUUCCGUGCUCUCCGCUUUUCUUCAAUAAAGUUCUUUGCAUGGUUCUUCUAGGCUUUUAGAACUUCUCUAGGAAGUCAUUUUCUUCUCAGCUUCGUCCGUGUUUUUGCUUUUUUUAAUUUUUCAAGACUUUUUUUAAAAAUUUUUUUAUACUUCAUUUAUUAAUGUUUUGCUCGGCACGAGUUGAACGCGAAAGAUCAAGUCAAUCUAUUGAAGAUCCAUUUUCCACUCAAAAUACUUGUUUUUGGCAGAAAAAAGAUCGUCUUCAAUGAAUUGAAAGUAGCCUUUUUUAAUGUAAUGCAUUUUUGUACACUCAUCAAUUUGGUCAUUUUUCACUUUUCUUCAUUUUCAGACCACUGAACCGAAAAAUUUCCAUGCAAAAGCCGGAAAUCGUCAUUGAUGAGAUCUCGCCCAAUCGAAUCUCUAUUUCCGCUGGUGGAAACACAACUUUCAGGUUUCUCAAGGGUUUGAAAACAAUCAAAAGUGAACUUGGAGGAGGUCUUCCGAUGACUGCAUCCGACGCAGUUCUUCUGAAAUCAUCGGAGGGAUUUCUUUGCCGUCCCAGAGCAGCAACGAGAAACGAAGGUUCCAGUUUUUUUCAGGAAUUCAUCUUAAAUUAAAGCUGGAAAGUUAUUUAGCGGAGCCUUAGCUGUCAAUCAAAAGCCAAAAAAAAAACAAUUUGUAAGGGUUAUAACAUCCCCCUUUUUUGUCUUAAUUUCUGUCCUAUCACAAUUUUUUUAUCAGUGUUCAUCAGGACGUUUAUCAGAAACCGCAGCCUUAUCGCCUCAAGUAGAAGCCUGCUUUGAUUUAAUGAUUACAAGGCAUUUUGGCUUCACAAUGGCUUCAAAUGUUCAUUUUAAAUUCAUUUUUAAGAGGCUCCGGAAUGUCGAACAGCUCGGCGUCGCUGCACAUCCACGAAACGAGAAUGACCUUCGAGGCCAUGGUCCACGAUCAGGUCGAUGUUGAAAUUUUCGUGUGA